AUGGAGCGCCCCAAGACGCCGCCGGCGGCCAAGGCACCCGCCCCAGGGUCGCCGCCGACGCCCGAGGUGACGAGACGCAUCGAAGAGAGCCGCCUCCGCGCCAAGGCCAUCCGCGACCAGCGUGAAGCAGAGCAGCGCGCCUCCGGCGCCGAGUCCGCCGUUCCCAAGUCCGCCUCGGGCUUCGUCCAGACCGACGACGUGCACGUCAGCAAGCCCAUGAACGGCAAGCGCCCGCACAGCUCGCUCUCCGGCGGGGAUCUCACCACGAACCGCGAUGGCCGCGUCAAGGCCGGCGACGAGGGCGAGCUGCGCCCCGCCCGCAAGUUCACCAAGUACGUCGACUACAACAUGAGCUCCAUGACCGACACAAAGGGAGGUUUUCUCUCCACCGAGGACGACCCGCACAACUUUGCCCUCGGCGGCAAGAAGCCUGGUCAGCCCGACGACGGCGACGGGCGGCCCAAGAACAUGACGGUCCAGGAGUGGGAGAAGCUGCAGGUCCUGCGCAACUUGAAACGGCUCAAGGCGGGGCCCUUUGAACCCGGCAUCAGCGUCCUUGUCGACGAGGAUAAGAGGAAGCGCUGCAGAGAGUGCAGGAGCCUCGAGAUUGACUUUGUCUGGGAGGAAGUCUUUCACAUCUGCGUCUGCAACAAGUGCAAAGACAAGUAUCCCGAAAAGUACUCGCUCCUGACGAAAACGGAGUGCAAGGAGGACUACCUCUUGACAGAUCCCGAGCUGCGGGACCCGGAACUGCUCCCUCACCUCAACAAGCCCAACCCGCACAAGUCCCACUGGCACGACAUGAUGCUGUUCCUGCGCUUCCAAGUCGAAGACUACGCCAUCAAGACGAAAUGGGGGUCCUCUGAGGCCCUCGAUGCAGAGUACGAGCGGCGAGAAACGCAGAAAAAGGCCCGCAAGGAAGCCAAGUUCAAGGAGAAGCUACUCGACCUCAAGCGCAAGACGCGCACAGAUGCCUUCCGCCGCCAGGCCGGCACGCUGGGCAAGUCGGGCGCCAGCAAGUUUGGCGACUCCAUGGGCAGCGGCCGGCACGUCCACGAGUGGGGACGAACCGUCGAGAACGAAGAGGGCAUGACCAUCAAGACCUGUGUUGGUUGCGGCAUGGAGGUGGAAGAGCUCGAGCUAUAG